AUGAGUAUUGCCACUACUCCUCCAAUUACAUUUACCAAGACUGCGGCCCAUUUUAGAGGUCCCGGUGGCGAGGAUACUAUUAAGAACAAAACUCUGAGAACUCAACUAAUACCUUCAUCAAAGACCGCUUCAGUCACGCCGCCAUUGAUGGUGGAACAAAGAAGCGGCAGAACGAUCAAUAAAUCCGAAGAUCCUGAGGAUAAAAGAAGGGUAAGUUUGCCUAGUCUCAAUCACUUAUUAAAUUAUAGCCAUAGACAUUCUAAUGUCCGAGAAAGCCUGCUGGAAGAUGUGGGAGGGAGAGAUGCAGAUGCAGAUCCAAAUUCUCCAGGAGGUACAGGUUCUGCUUGCAAAAUUGAAGGAGUUCCAAGCGGGCAUAGAUUUAAUGUUGACAAUGGAUCUAAGGCGACCCCCAGAGCACUGCCUAAUCCCCUGCGUGUCAGCGAUGUCGUCGCUGUAGAUCCGGCGUAUUAUGAUCAACGCCGCGAAUCAUUGGAAUUUCUUGCAGAUACAGCUUUGAAUAGCAGUAAAAGUAGUAGCAUCAGCGGAGUAAGUCCUGAAACUACAAAAGCAUUGCCAGCAGAAGAAAACCCUGGGAAUCCAACCAGCAGUGAAAAUGCUCAAUACCUUGAUCUGAUUGCACAAAUUCUUACCUUAAAGAAUUCCAUAUUUCAGAACUUGUCUAGAUGGCCAAUAGGGGAGACAGGGUCUUCUUCUUUACUCGAAAGCAUCCCAGAAGUAGAACUACAACAGUUAUUAACAGAUUCAAGGAAAUUAACUUCAAUUACCAGGGAUCUAUUACUCUUGAGGACAAAGCAGGAGUCUAUUUCUCCGACUACAAGAAAGCCACAAAAAGCUCAAGUUAAAACAGAAACAUAUCGUGACCCAACACAAAUCACCCUACCUAGUGUAUCACAGUUAACCAAAAGAGGAUUACCAGAACUGUCAAUACCGGGUCCGCCACCAACAAGCCUACCGCCGUUCCGAAAUCCACAUGCCUCGGAACCGAUGCUACAAGGUCCUUAUAAUAGGCAGCCACCUCAAUGGGGAGUUCAAUUACCAGCUUUUAGGUUUCCAAAAGUUGGUGGUAUGAGCGAGGGAUCUCGCCCCUACAUGCAGGGCGAAUCAUCAGGGGGAAUGCUCUAUCAUUCACAGGAAGUACAAUUUGCUCACCAGCAACAACAACAACAGCAGCAUCAGCAGCAUCUAUUACAGCAACAUCAUAGACGAAGCACAAGUGGACCUAUUAGAGGAGGCACGUAUAGCGUUUCGGUAAAACCAUAUUAUCAACAACAACAACAACAACAACAACAACAACAACAACAACAACAACAACAACAACAACAACAACAACAACAACAACAACAACAACAACAACAACAACAACAACAACAACAACAACAACAACAACAACAACAACAACAACAACAACAAUCACACUACCACCACCACCACCACCAACAACAACAGCAGCAGCAGCAACAAACUUCUCGUCCUCCAUCUGUUGCUCAGGGACAACUGCCUCAUCAUCAAUUCACAACGAUGCAUCAACAACGUCAACAAUUUCCACCGCAACAAGAACUUAUUCAUUCAGUAGCGGCAUCUCAGCAAAACGCCGAAGAUACUCUUUCAAACUUGCCCCCACCUGGUAUAUUUCAUCGCCCAUCAGGGAUUCCAGGACCAGGACCUUAUCAGGAACACCCCAGCCAAAGAUCACUUCUGCCUUUGCAACGCCAUAGACAUGUACUAUCAGAGCCUUCUUUACCUACAAUGGUAGUACCGCCACCAGGCCCUCUGAAUCCAGCACCAAGAACUCCAAAUAGGCGUAAAAGGCAAAGGAGAACAGGUUCGACAAGUGGCACCAGCAUUAGCGGGGCUAACACAGGCGUGUGCCUUCAUUGUCAUGAACGUGACACACCUGAGUGGAGGCGUGGUCCAUACGGGAAUAGAACCUUGUGCAAUGCUUGUGGAUUAUUUUAUAACAAGUUGAUCAAGAAAUUUGGUGUGAGGGACGCAAAUAUUAUGAUGCAUUAUAGAAGGCGACUAUUUCCAGAUGAUAGGAGAGUACCCGAUGCCGUUGAGAUUCCUGAAAGUUUUGUACAAAUGAUAAAUGAAAGGACUGACUUGGAUGAACAAUAUGAUGUGAUUCAACCCCCAAAUUGA